GUCUGUGCUGUGCUGUGGAGUGAGGAGCAGGAGCUGGGGCUUGGGGCUGUGACUCUGAGUGUGGGCGCUCGGACCAGUGACAGGAGCCUGAGCUGGAGAGGCAAUCUGCAAGGGGCUCUGCUGAAGACUGUGUUCUCUCACAGGAUCCCUCUCGAUCCCAGCAAUCGAGGAUGCAUUGAGCCCAGGGAUCUGUGCAGGGAAAGGAGUCCCUGCCACACACCACAGAGCGGGCUAACACUCAGAGAGAGAGAGAUUCACCAACGUAUGGUGAGCGGAGGUGGAUUGUGAAAGGGGCUGAGAGAGGGAGAUGGGGAACCUGGUGCUGGGCAGGGCUGGUCUUCUCUUGUACUGGGGGACACUGACCCUCACCCUGAGGAUGCACGGGGUCUCUGCCGGCUGCUAUCACCGAGAGAACCCGAAAUGCUGUCCCGGCAGGAAUAACGAGUGUCAGGAGGUGAGCAGGAGGCGGACACCGUGUUACUGUGAUGCUUACUGUCAGAAAACAGGAGACUGUUGUGAAGAUUACCCCACAGUGUGUCAGAUAUCCGCUAUUGACUGCAUUGUGGGUCCCUGGGCUCACUGGACGGAAUGCAGCUCUCUGUGUGGCUUCGGGAGCCGGGACAGAGCACGCUUAGUCACCAUCCCACCCAGAAACGGAGGGACACCCUGUCCCGAUUUGAAACAACGGCGAGGCUGUUUCGGUCAUAACCCUGACCGAUGUCACUCAGUGAAAGAGGUGGCUAAGAUUUUGCCUGACACAUACAAGAGGAACUUCAAAGAUCCAUGGAAAAGGCCCCACAUGAUGGCAAAGGAGCAGCAGCCGAGCUACUGUGCUUAUUUCCAAAUGAAGGAGGUAAGUCCCUCCUGCCGACUUGGGCUACAGACCAGCCAACUGUUCCGGGAGAAAUACGUGUGUGUGGAGUGCCAAGGAGAAGCCAUGGGGGUCAGAGAUCGUUGUGAAGGUGAUGGGCUGGAAGGAACCAGAACAUUCUGGAUAGCGGCCUCCAACGCUGGCUGCCAAGGAUCUUGGGUACGUGAAUCUCUGCAUGAAACUUGUCGCUGUCCCCCACAGUCGCUGAUCUUUGUUUAAUGCUGCUCUGGAUCUGACACGGAACCCCAUACAGCAACAGAAGUCAGCUCGGGGGAGCCACAGAGAGGAAAGCUCUGUGCAGAGCCAUCGUCACUCGCUGGACACCUGCAUUUGGCAAUGAGAUGUGAGACAUGUAAAAAUGGCAGAAGGAAAGUCUAUGUAACCUUGCUGCAUGCUAUUUACCUCAGUAUCCUUCUACAUAAGCACAUGCAGAGUCUUAUAACCUCAUGACAGAACAAUGAAAGUUUCAAAGCACAAAGAGAACAGCUAAGAACCUUUAAACCUUUUACCUCUGAAACUCUGCUGACAGCUACCUCCCUAAACACACUUGCAUUUAUUAAAAAAAACAUAAAGUCCUUUCAAUGGUUUUCUACUAUUUGUCAAGUAUUUUUUAAUGUCUAUCCAUACGCUAUGUAACUGGGAACAGCAAAGAUGAGAAUAUUUAGAUGCAAAGACUGAAUAUUAUUUAAAAUUACUUUUGAAUAAAUCCAUUAUCAUGA